UUUAUUCCCCGUAUGAGUUUCCCAAAGUACCGCAUGGUGCUUACGGACUUUAAGGGUCACCACGUCAAGGCGUUGAAGCGCAUCUCCGAGCUUGCGCCGCAGAUCGACUUGGUCUUCGAGUUGCGCGACUCGCGUGCGCCCAUCUCCUCGCGCAAUGUCUUAUUCGACCGGUCCUUGCAGAACAAGGACAAGAUCGUGUUGUACUCAAAGAAUGAUCUCAGCGGGAUCGACAAAAAGCUCCUCGACGUCUGGCACAAAGGCGAAAAAUACAUGUACAUUGACUGCCGCAACCAAAACGCCGCCAAAAAGGUGAUCCUGGAGGCCAUCAAGUUCUAUGAGGGCAUGUUCCCCCGCCCGCCGCUCGGCCUCCGCUGUAUGAUCACAGGCAUGCCCAAUGUGGGUAAGUCUACCCUCGUCAACGGGUUACGCACUGCUGGCUGUGGUCCCGCGAAGCGCAAGGUCGCACGUACAGGCGGACAGCCAGGCGUGACGCGCGCAACGUCCGAAAUCAUCCGUAUCCACUCAAACCCAGACAUUUUAUUAUACGACACCCCCGGAGUGUUCCUUCCCCAGGCCCCAGAUGAGGAAACUAUGAUUGUUUUGUCGCUCAUCGGCUCUGUCAGCCCCAGUGUGAUUGACCAAGUGGUCAAGGCGGAUUAUUUGUUGUAUUUGCUCAACCGUCAGGAUGACACGGGCAAGGCCUAUAAGCAGUAUCUUCCCCAUCCGACGAAUAACAUAGACGAGUUGCUUGAGGCAAUCGCCAAACAGAAAAUGAUGUAUAACAAGGCGACUAAAAAGUACGAUACGACCGGCGCCGCUGUGUACUGGCUCGAAAGAUGGCUCCAAGGGAAGGAAAGCAAGAGUAUUUUCGAUGUGACUGCAAUUGUGGCCCUGCAAGCGUUAAAA